GUAUUUCCCUAUGUAUCUCUGUUACUCAUCUUUUGUCUGACAGAGAUGGUUCUGAUAUUCUCUUACAGUUUUUCUUUCAAUGAAAAAAACUUUACCUUCGUCCGUUUCAGUUUCCUAAUAAUGUCAUUUCACGCAGUCACAGAAAUGAUGCCAGAUUUAGCGUACUGACCUUCUUUUCAAUCAUAUUUUUCUGGCUAUAUUCAUUUAACCCCCCGAUGAAGCAUUUGUCGAUAAGGAAGUUUGUGAGAUGGCGUUGAUUUAAAUUAUUCUAUCAGUGUUUUAUCUUUCUAUGAUUCCAAAGUCAGUGGAAGCUGCAGCGCCGCGGUGCAUUGGCAACGAUGUGUUUGCCUGGGUGCGUUUCGAUAAUCACAAAACCAUCUUUGCUUUUCAUCACAGUCAUUGUCAGUUGAGGUUAAAAAUAGUAAUUAUUAACUAUAAAGUACUUAGGGUAAAGUCUAUCGUGUGGUGCAUUAAUCAGAUGAUGGGUAACGAAGAGAUUACACGUAAGCUGAAAAAGUGCCUGGUUUCGGUUCUGUCAGGGACUGGUGAAGAAGUUAUUGAAGGAUGGAAGGAACUGAAGGAGUUAGAAGGAACCCUUUGGGAGUCGAGGGGACUUGGCGACUUCGAGACUAUUUUGAGAGACAUACUUCAUAGACAAGACAAAAACAUUUAUGAAGUACCACGUUUAAUGGCAUGGUUUGCCAAGUAUCUGCCGGAGAGAACUUUUGAUAUAGAUCCGAUAAGCAACGAUGUUGCUAUCUUUUUGAGAAAUGUAAAUACUGGAGAUAUAUCUCUGCUUACUACCAUGGUACAGACUGUGUUGGAACACAAGAGAUACCUGCCAAUUUCAUCAAAUCAUACUAAGCUGUGUGAGGCGAUUGUCAUUCAUCUGGCAUCAAUACCAAUGCCUGUUGAACGAGAAAAGAUAUCUGAAUUCAAUGAGAAUGCUACUAAGAUUCAGAACUUUCUGGCAUUAGUAUGGACAAAUGUAAAGGGCAUGGAGAAGUAUAAUCUGAUUGUCGUAUGCUUGGAAACAUUAUACAAAAUUAUUUCGGACACUGAAAGAAGGCAGGAACCUGGACCAGCAUUAGUUGUUGUACUUCAGUCUGUAGAACCAGCUGUUAUUCCUCCAGCAGUAACUAGAAUUCUUAUGGAGUGUUCCAGUGAUUAUCAGCUUGCACAGGCACUGAAGGUACUUUGUGUAUGGUUACGCAUGUGGCUUCGUGGUGAUCGCUUAAGUCUCUGGGUUAAAGAAUUUAUACGCGGCUUAGAAGCAGAUCGCAAAUUCUCAGUACUUUGCGAAGUCCGGGAUGUAACUCUUGAACGGAUGAUUAGUACUUUGUUACUUCCAAUGUUCCGUCAAAACUCAGCUGACAUUGUGUUUCACAUGCUGGAAAGAUUGAACUCUCCAGUAUUGUUUCAUAAAAUACUCAAAGAGAUUCAAAAUCUUUUGCCACGUUUAUCUAAGGAUACGUCUGAAUCUGCUAAGGAAUGCAUACAAAAUCUAGUGGAUGUAACAACGGCGCUGACAAUGCGAUUUCCAGGAUAUCAUAUUUAUGAGAAUUUGGCCAACAGUUUCCCAGUGCCACCACAAAUGAGAAUGGUCCAUUCAAUUAUUGAAGGGCCGGUAUGGCCCGAGGGCAAUGAGUUUGAACCUCAGAUAAACUAUGGUAUAAAUUCUGAAAAUGCAAGCCUCACAGCCGUAAGCAGUAUAUGUCAGACAAACUCAAUGGGCCACGUGGGCUUGAUUAAUUUAGGAAACACAUGCUAUAUGAAUAGUGUACUUCAAGCUCUGACAAUGACUAGACAAUUUUGCCUGGAAGUAUUAAAUUUCAAACCAUCGAGUGAUAUUGGUGAACAAAGCGUUCUGAGAAAGUUACAGAACUUAUUUGUCUUGCUCUCAUACUCCAAAAGGACUUCUCUGGCACCGACAGAAAUCUUACUCGCCUCACGACCUGCCUACUUUAUGCCUGGACAGCAGCAAGACAGCUCUGAAUUUCUCUGUCAUCUGCUGGAUGUGUUGUACGAGCAAGAAAAGGCUGCUAAUAUACCCUGCAACAGCGGCGACCCGAUGACCAUCCUAAAGUCUAAAGAUGAAGAGCAGUUAGGUGAAAUGGUAGCGGAUACAGGUGAAUCUGGUGGAGUAAUAAAACGUUGGACAACCGAAGAAGAUUUAACUGGCGGUGGUGCUCUUCAAAGAAAGACUCAAUCACUAGCAGACUUUACACAAGGUGAAGAUUUAGCACAAACACAGCAUCUCAGCGACUCCCAUUCGGAUUCUACCGACAGUGGAAUACAAUCUGUUGGAGGAGAAGAUACCAGCAGCACGCAGUCCUUCAUGGUUCACCGUGUGUUUGGCGGUGAAUCAAAAAUAACAUACCAGUGUGCCCAGUGUGACACUAGUUCUCACAAUACUGACAAAUUUCGCGACUUGCAGUUGUGCUUCCCUGAAGAAAUAGCCGAGAACCAGGACGUCUCGGUUCAGGAUCUUAUAAACUACUAUCUAACCCCGGAAAAAUUAACCGGAGAUAACAAAUAUCGCUGUGACAAAUGUACAAAGCUUUGCGACGCGCAGAGAAUGAUAAAAGUACUCCAAGCUCCAUUCCAUCUGAUUCUAACGUUAAAGCACUUCCAUUACGAUUCUGAAAGCCGAUUACGAACAAAGCUACGUCAUAAGGUUACCUAUAAUGAGACUAUACAAUUGCCAGUCUCCACGAUGUCUUCCAUGACUACGGAGACUUAUAAACUUUACGCGGCCGUGGUUCAUUCUGGUUAUAGUAUGGAUUAUGGUCACUAUUUCACGUAUGCUCGUGAUUCCAAGCAAAAUUGGUAUAUAUUUAAUGAUAGUUAUGUAUCUAGUACAACUUUGGAGGACUUUAAAAAUUUAGAACCGCCCGAUACGCCAUAUAUAUUGUUCUAUGAAAAAGUAGCAUCUUCGGAGGGUCUUUACGAUGAGGAGAAACCGGAAUUGUCGACACUCAGUAAAAACUUACAGGAUCUAAUUGCUAGCGACACUGCAGCUUAUAUAGAGGAGUUGAGACUCCAAGCUAGUAAAAAGAGAUCACAGCGUGGACGCGUCUCGACGAAUUACAUAAGACGACACGACAAUUCGGAUGAUGAAAAUCCACCACCGAGUAGUUGUCGCGGAGCCGUUGAUAUUCCUGCAAAUCAUUUUCUAUUUUGAAGAAAUAUCCUACUUAGGUAUUUGCCUUUAUGAAUAUGUCGCGACGCCACCGGAAACAUUGAAGAUUUUGAAUUAUUUAUUUUCGAAUUUUUAAUGAAUUACGCUCGAAAUUAUCAUCCAACCAUCUCAUAGUCAAUAGUAACCAGUAAACCGUCGCGAAUGGUGCAUUUUCAUUGGAAGAUUCAAUGAUACUUGGCGAUAUUGUGCUGACGCUCGAUUAGAACAAAAUCGCAACGAUAAUGGCGAAGUUGGGUGAUACGAGUUUCUAGAUAUGCAAGUUCUCCCGACCGACCCUGUUUGUUAUAAUACCUAAACGAUAUUCAAAGGACGAUCACUUAUCGGUAUAGCUAAUUGGUCGGCCAAUUCGUUAUUGUGAUUUACAUAGUGUUAUACAAUUUGCAGGUUUUCAACGCCCAUAAGAUAAUUUUUUAACAACACAACCAAAGGGUUUGCAUGAUCAGAUCUAAUUGUAGGUGUCGUGUGAGCCACGUGAACGUAAAAUUCAAAAUCUGAGCAAAAGAUUAUGUAUAUUUGGAUCAGAUGGAUCGAAUAUGCCAUCCAAGGAAGUUCAUGUAUCCUAAUUAUCAUCUGAUCAAUUUAAGUCAAUUGGUACAAAGGAGGUCAGAGUCUGGCGAUAAUACACAAUUUUUGUUAUUUUUUUUAUCAUCACUGGUGUUGUGUUCGAUUUUAUUAAUAUAAUUAUUUAAUUAAAUUGCACAUACGUCUAUUUUCGUGCGUGAAAGUCACGUAUGCUAAUUUUAUAUGUACGUACAUGCAUAUUCGAUGUCUUUGUUGCCGAUCAGUACAAUAGAUUCCCCUUCGAUAAAAUGUAUUACCCGAAUUAUCUGCAAUUUAAUCUAGAAAUAAUUGAAAGCUACAUUUUUAUUAUUCACGCCGCGUUUCAUAAGCUUGUAUCGUUUAUAAAUAUCCUAAUCGUUAAACACUGUAAACUAUCGUUAUUUAAAUAAUUAUUUAUUUCUUAGGGAAAGACACUUAUUAUAUGCGGAUGAGCAUACAGUUAAUUAUGACUUUCCAAAGUUCAGUGGCAAUCGCGAUUUUUGACGUAAUAUAAGUUGACGAUUGUUUUUUUUUUAUUUAACCGUCGAUCAUAUCGACGUCCAAUUAAUUGUAAUAGAAUGGAACGUUAUCGAUAGAAUGAAAUGAAUCACGUGCUCCGCAACUCAAAUUGAACAGAUGAAAACGAAGAUCGUCAUUAUUGUACAUAGUUGUAUUUUAUAUGUAGUAGUUAAAUUGAAGAUCCUAAAACAUGAAGGAAAUCUGUGAUAAAUUUAUACUGUCACAUUGACAAUAUUAAUUUCUUAUUGCAGUAUUCGAUGAGAUGGACGUUCGCAAUUAUUCGUUCUGAUUUACAAUCGAAACGCAUAUAUAUAUACAUACUAACUAAUCAUUUUUGUUAAUCCGUGUACAUUUCGUAGUUAUCCAUAAUGGAUAGAAAUAAAUUAUUCAAAACUAUGAUUCCCUCGUAAA